GUUUGCGAGCGAUUUGGUCUCUUUAGCCUUGGACGACGGUGCACCCUUUCUGCUCUCUUCAACCACAAGAGUCGCAAUCCCGGGCGACAACACCCCAGUACUGCGCUCGUCGGCGCUGUUUCGGAUUCGCCGUACUGCUCUGCGCUCUCUGCGCAUCUCGGUCUGCCAGGUGCAAAUACCCCAGCGCCUGUCUUUGUUGUGUCCUGGAAAAAAAGCCGUGUCAAACAACCUCUUCCUUCAUGUCGACCUACCACCAUGCCAGCAUCCCUGCCUCUACUCUUGACCAUUUUCCUUGAGCCUCCGGUUUCCUGAGAUUUACUGCAUAGAAACUCUGCUUCUCUUUCAUCCUCUUGUUCUCCGUGGAGAAGAAAGUCAUCCGUCCGCAACCAAUUUGCACUCCUCCAUUACUUCGACAAAGCUCGCACUAUUUGGAGACAUUAUGGACGCUCUUUCCACCGACCAGUCCCUAGCGAGACGGACUUUUGCCAACGCGCAUCUUCCUGCUCAGAGCCACAGCUUUCCUUCAGCUGACCAUCAACAGCUGGCUACUUCUGGAGACGCACAACCUCUCCAGCAUGAUGACGCCAGCAAUCAGAUCAACCUGCCGUCUCGCAACGACGCAACAGUCUCACCCGCUAUACCAAGAAAACUUAUUCCUUCUCCCUCAAAUGAGUCUCCGAAGGCCCCUUCGAUAGAUGGACUCGAAACGACGCCUGUCUUAACCACGCAAAUUCUGUCCGCUGCGUCCGACGAGAGCAAUACUCAGCUGUCAUCCUCGGAUGCUUCGGCCAAACCACCCAGCCUCGACGGGAAGAGUGUGGCCUCUGUCACCACGUUCGCCAUGGACGAGAAAGAGUCGCUGAGACCGGACGAUAGUGCCAGUGUGUUGGCUAUCGAGGACGACGACAGUUAUUCACCUUCAGGUUCUGCAGCCGUCGGAUCACGACUGGGCUCAGAGACAGGCGCUCGUGCUUUCCGUGAUCAGCUGCUAGAGAUCACAUCCAGAGGACCUGCGCUGCGACAGUCUGGGCCCACAUCGAGGCCUGAUUCUACUACCAACGCGCCUAUCGGAACUCUCUAUGUGCCGCCUCCUACUGGCAGUACGACUUUGUCCGGCUAUGUCCAACCGCCUCUCAAUGCUGACAGACCCGAAGACGUCUCCCCUGAUUCCAAGCUCAUAGAAGCUCUCGGUAAUCCCAGGGACAGAAUCUGGGUGCUCAAAUUGGAACAAGACAUCAUUGACUUUGUCAAGGAUCCUACUGAACAUUCUCUAGACUUGCCUCAAUGCAAUUCUUUCUACCGGAUGCUUGCUCAUAAAUUGGCCGACUAUUACAUCUUGGGUCAUGCUGUCGAUGGUUCCAUCUCAGCUGUUCGUCUGUACAAAACUCCUAACUGUCGAAUUGCCCCACCCCUGACUGCUAUUGCCAUGACGCCGACCACCACUAACACACCGCCUCCCGCUGCGCCUCAAAUGAAGAUCCUGCGCCGUGGUGGCGAUGCACCUCUGAAUGGUCUUUCCAAAUCGAAUUCGGAUGGGGGUGAUAGUGGUGACUCGGACAAGAACAAACCUUUGACUCGUGAGCAACGUGAGCAGAGGUAUGAAUUGGCCCGCUUGCGCAUCCUGGGCUCGGCAAAGCCUACAGAAGAUAUGUCGCUUGUUAAGGAGAAGGACGAAUCCCGCUCCAGCUCUGCUGCUGGAAAGAAGAAGCCCAAGAAGCAACGUAGUAACAGUGACGACGACUUUGAGGCCAGGUCUGCCUACAGCACCUUUGUGACACCGCAGAAUGGCGCCCCUGACGGCGGGAACAUGGUCUACUACCCCGCAUUCCCCGGAGGUGCUCAAGGUGCCCCUGGCAUGUACAACGGAGCUCCCACAGCUUCAGCACCGCAGAACUCAUAUCAUGCUGUCUACGGUCCCAUGACGUCCUCUCCGGCCGCUCCUUAUCCUUGGUUGCAACAAGGCUACUCUGGUUACGAUCCUAACCAUCAGAGCCAGCACAACGUCAAUGAUCUCUCCGCGGACUUUCAAGCUAUGUCCUUCCAGACACAGACCGGACCUACCUCUCCGCCCUCCGUUGGUCCCUAUGGUUACGGUGGUCCUCAUAGUCAGCAGCAACAGCAACAGCAGUAUUCGUCAUGGCCUCAGAUGGUACCAAAUCAAUCGGGCUACCCGGGAAGUCCCAACUAUGGUGGACAAUUUGCCAGCAGACCACCGUCUUCUGCGAGUCACGUAUCAGCAACGCAUGGCUACUCCUAUGGCGUGCCAAUGAACCAAAUGCAGAUGUCAGAUGCCUAUAUGGGAUACCCGAACCAGGCAAUGGCCGGCGCUUUCAAUCGUGGCAACUUCAAUCCGCAGAGCCAGGCUUUCGUCCCUGGUUACCAGCCUCACUAUGGCGCAUCUAUGGUAUCUCACAACAACAUGGGCUUCAACUCGGCUUAUCCUGGGUCGCAAGCACUUCAACGUCAGAACUCUAGCCAGUCACAGGCGUCUUCGUAUGGUGGACAAAGCGCUGGACAGAACAAUAGCAGACCGCCUCACCCGCUGCCGCAACCUGUCUUCUCUCCUCAUGUCCCUAUGCCCUUCCAGAACUCGCAGAGACAGGUAAAUACGCCAUCUCGUCCUGGUACCAAUCCAGCUUCAGACAAUGCCAACAGCGCCCCGAGUUCGAUUGCCAAAUGGGGCACGCCAGCCUCAUUGCCUGCCAAGCCCCCUCCACCCGCAGCCACCAAUUCAUUCGACAUGAACAGAAUGCCACAUGCGCAGCAGAACGGCGCACCUUACUCGCCUGGGGCCUCGGGAAGACUUCCUGGUAUUGGAGCACAGGGAUUCCAUGCUUUGCCUUCAAUGGUCACUCUGCGUAAUGGUCAGAACUCCAGGAGCGGACAAUGAUCCGGCAUGGCAUACCAGAAGAGGUACACAACGAGUGUCUUUUUGCUUUCGGUCGAAGAGAAAGGGGCUUCAUACAGAUUUUCUGUUACGCCAGUGCGGAUAAAGGAGUUGGUUCUUUCUCACUUUUAAAAAUAGAGCAUUAUUUGGAGUUUUUUUGGUUUGUGCUUGAGCACUCGAAUGCGAGUUGCUUCUUUUCGGUGUUUUUGAGAAGCUCGACUAUGAUGCCAGGAGAUAGCUGGGAAGAGGUGAGGGAUUAUCGCUUAGCUAGUAAACCAAUAUAGCGCUUUGUUCCUUGUCUUGUGCACGAGAGUUUCUCUGUUUGACUGAUCGUGGAUGAUGAGUGGAUGUGUUGCAUCAUCCAAUGCGUCCCUCGUGCAGAUCGUGAGUUGUGAUAUACCCUCGUCCGCACGUUCCGACCAACUCAAGUCCUCUCCACACCCGCGACAGC